AUGGGGGUUCAUAGACUCACGGGCACUCGAGUGGCAAUCAAGCAGGUACCCAAGGCUCAUAGUGCCAGUCUCACCAGGGAGAUCCAUCAUCAUAGACGUCUGCACCAUCCUCACGUCAUGCAGCUCUACGAAGUCAUUGCUACCGAGAGCAACAUCUGGAUGGUGUCUGAGCUGUGCGCAGGCGGAGAGCUGUACGACUACCUGGUGGAGCGAGGCACUAUGCCGGAGCCUGAGGCUAGAAGACUGUUUGGCCAGCUUUGCUUGGCAGUAGCAUACAUCCAUGGGAGAGGCAUCGUGCAUCGAGAUCUCAAACUCGAAAACGUGCUCUUGGAUGAGCGCUGCAAUGUCAAGCUGGGAGACUUUGGCUUCACGCGAGAAUUUGAGGGAAAGAGGCUCAUGGAUACCUUUUGUGGCACGACGGGCUAUGCUGCGCCAGAAAUGCUUGCUGGAAAAAAGUACACGGGAGAAGGUGAGCGUGGCCGUAAUGGUGGCGUUGGCGUUCGGAUUGCAGGCUAACCGCGCAGACAACCGCGCUCAGAGGUGGACAUCUGGUCACUGGGUGUCAUCCUGUACGCUUUGCUCUGCGGAACCCUGCCUUUCGACGACGAUGACGAGGCAGUCAUGAAGCAAAAGAUCUUGGCUUGCAAAUUCGACCUGCCAGACCUCAUCUCGGAAGAGUCCAAGGACCUAUUAAGCUCCGUAUUGCAGUUGGACCCCACCAGUCGACCGUCCAUCAAGAGCAUCCUGAGCCAUCCUUGGUUCAGCAAAAUCAUGAUCAGCAGCCCAAUGUCGCCUCUGGAUGAAGAUGCGGCUGCGGCCGAGCCAUCGUACUUUGCGAAUCCGCCUCCGUCCAGCAGCGAUCCCAGAGGGGAGGAGUUGAAUCCGAAGCCGAGCGAUCCGGCAGCGGGAGAGCGAAACACUCCCGCAGAUGGCGCACGCGAGGAGCUGAGCGCGGCUACUGAUGCCCAGGCAGAUGCCUCUUCUCCUCCUGCGUCCACAGAAACGAGCUACGAAACAGCUCCGACCAGGUCAUUUGAAGAGCCGCUCGACUCGUCGCAUCAAGUGACGACGAUAAGCCCGCUUCCGAAUGGCAGCAAAGCGGACAGGACUUCGGUCGAGCAGCUCGGUGCGCGGUCGUCCCACCCCUCUAAUUUUUCGGAAGCCAGCUUCCACACAGUCAUGAGUGACAGUGGCAGCAGCGACCAGCGCUCGAGCAGGACGGGAGGCACUAGUCCCAUCACGGACUCCACUUCGGAACAUGACGAGCCCACGGGCUCUGGCGGAGAGGGAAGCGGCACCUCUCCAAAUAGAAAAUCUUCGACUGCGUCGGGCGAGUCCACAGACACUGCUCUUACAAAGACAAGAGGGCUCGCCUUGCACAAGAACGAAUCGCAGACCACGAUCCGACGGGAAGGCUCAAACGGCAGCGAUGUGUCGAGAGGUAGGGGCAGUUCCAUUGCGGUUCCGGCUGGCAAGGCUGGCAAGGCUGCGGCAUCGACGCUCCCGACCCAUCAUGAGGGACCUGCUGCACUGGAAGAGUCGGCGGAAUCGGAAACCGAGGACGUGCAUACAUCCUCGCGGCCGCCCUCGGCGCUUUCCGCUCGGCUGGCGCGGGCAGGAUCUCAAAGUUCUGCGAGAGGUCAUGCUCGGACACCAUCGAGGACAAAACGUCGCUCGCUUUCGUCAGGGGGGCUUUCAGAUCAUCAUCCUCCUCAUUUGGCGCCCAAGCCAGUGAAUUAUGUGGCCUUACUGGAGGAUGCUUCUCCUGCACUCUUCACGAGCGUUGUGGAACAAAAUCUCCUACAUUCACUCAGCAAUCUCGGUCUGGACGUCGGUCAGGUGGUUCACAGCGUCUUGACAGAUGCUUGCGAUGCCAGCGGCGGCCUGUGGUGGUUGCUGAAGCUCAAGGCAUCAGACGCACAAGAUGCAGCCAUCGCGCUGCCUGCUUCUGCAGGCAGCGUCGUGUCUAACUCAGCCCCUCGUCUUGGCGCGGCGCCGCCUCCAAUUCCCAUCAAGGAUCCCAAUCGACCCUCCAGCACAACCGCCAGUCCGUCCAAGAAGGACGAAAUUCUCUCCGAGGCUUCCAUGACGCCCCGAGCUACCUCCGUCAGAGGCAAGCCUGCGAAAGUCCCGCCGCUCAAAAUUGCCAAAGAAAGCGAACGACCUUCCACCGCGCCGGCCUUGACGCCGACUAGCGACACAGGCAAAUUCCCAAGCACUACAAUUGCUGAAUCCGCGUCCACCCAAACCGAGGGCAACGCACCCAUCGGCCCGAUCCAGAUUGUGCCCAGACCUGUGCGAGCCGAUCGGAAUCGCACGAGCUCCUUCAGCAUCAAGCUGUCCAGUGUGCUGGCGAAUGCUGCACGUAAGGAUUCUGGCGAUGGUGCUGGUGAAGAUGGAGACGAUAUGGCAGUGCCAGAGCGCUCCAAAAGCCCUGUCAGCAUGCUGUUUGGCAGUAGAAAGGGGGGUGGCACGGUCAAGGAUAAGGCCAGGCAAGGCUCGCCAGCUGCUCCGAGCACCGCUCUGCCUGCGAGUCGAAGCGCCCUCGCCAAUUUGAACACAGGUUCCAAGUUGCCUGAUGGCACGCCCUCGCCGAGACCGAAGAAAGACCCAGCGCGAGACAGAGAGCGCAUCCGGUCGUUGAUGGCAGGCAAGGAGGCCGACGACGACGAGUCCCUGACACAGGGAAGUCCUCGGCCGCUCACAAAGUCGCCUGGUACGCCUGGCAAGGCCAAGGCAUCAUCCCGCCUAGAAUUGAGUGCACCCAUGACGAAAUCGGUGGACACUUUCAGCACCGUGUCUAGCACCAACGACGAGGCCAAGUCAUCCACAUCCAAAACACGGCUCAAGUCCAACUUCCUCAGCACCGUGAGGACGUGGCUCGGUGCCGAGGACAAGCAGGGAAAGCGCAGGCGCAAAGCGAAUGCGAGCGGUUCGUCCACCAAGACGGGCUCCGUUUAUGGGCACGACGGAUCUUUGCAUCAAAGCUCUGUGGCUCGACGGAGCAGCGUCAGUCGGCGUGCCAAUCCGUACCCGACCGGAUCUAUGGCUGGUCCUGUGCGAUCUCCUCGCAGCCCGCAAAGGGGCUCCUUGAGCCGCCGCAGCUCUUCGGGCAGCGCACACCUCUUCGAUGGUCAUUUGGGGGGCGGCCCGCCUAUCAGGCCUGUCAAUCUGCGUCGUCAGAGCGCCGGAAGCAUCACGCCCACUGCGACCCUGCAUGGCGGUGACGCGGCAGAAUUUGCACACUUUGGAGCUUUGCAACGAUCGAGACCUUCGAGCUCGCAAUCUCUUCAUAGACCGCCUCAUGCUGGCCUGCACCACAAACAGGGGUCCGCCAGUAGUUCUGGCUCUUUUAUGCGGCAGCAGCAACAACAGGGCAGCAUGCGCGGCGCGCAUAGCAGACGACCCAGCACGGAUGGCGGAACCACCGUCAGGCGGCAUCGCCAGUACCCAAGCGUCCACUCUUUGACCGACAGACCGCGAUCAGAGGCUAGCAAUUCUCGACCAUCUUCCUUGUACGCACCAGCCGUGGCGGAGGAAAAUGAGGAAGGUUCGCAGGGAGGGCAUGGAGCGGCGACUCCACGUCGAGUGUCGCUGGAGUCGCGAUCGGCAAUGGCGGAAGGCAGUCAAGGUCGCGCUUCGCCCGUCGUGCAGCACGCUCAUGCCCACGCACCUCAUCGGGCGAGUGUGUUUGUGGCGCACAAAUCCAGAUCACCCUAUGGACCGCCUUCGGCAAGUCCGAUGCUGCAGAGCACUCUACACUCCAAACUCUCUUCGCCUAAUCCCACACCCGCAGCCGAUGGCGAACCACCGGCUGCUGGAACGGGAAUGUGGAGGAGAAGUUGGGGUCGGCCUCCUCCCAGCUGGGCUGGCCCCGUGGAUAUGGGCCCGACGAGAAGCGAGCUCGCGGCGGCAGCCUUGAUCGCCCGACCCAAACUUCGAGACGUUUUUGCUGAUCGCGAGGAUGACGAGUGGGAAGAUGAGGAUGACGAACCUACGUAUGCAGGCGGUCUGGGCCAGCUGGACUCCUUUGGAUCUGGCUGGCGUGGCACCUCUAGGAAUACCGCAGGCUCUGGCUUUGAAUCCAUGUUUGGCGGAACGAACAGCGGGAGGGGCGUCUCUGGUCUUCCACCUACAUCCACCACGGCCUUUGGCACACCUUCUCGCAUCGGCUUGGGGAGCAGCGAAGGUAGCCUGCUAUCAUCUGGAAGAUAUGCGGGGGUGCGUUCCAUCUUUCAGCCUCCUUCCUUGGGCCGUGACACGGCACCUCGACUUUUAUCGAUGCAGAUGAACGCCGAUGAAGAUGCUUCCGCUGGAUCUGCCCUGGGUUCUGCGCCGGAUACGAAUUCUGCGGACAAGUCGACGUUGGGGGCGCCUUCGAAUAAGGAUGCGCCUGCGAACAACUUGACAGGUGUUGCGCCGGCAGCGCCUGCUUCUGGCCUCAUGGGCACGGGCACAGCUAGGCUUCGCGGGCAGACGCCGGCGUUCAAGACCAUCACGAUCGAAGAGGAAGAGGAGGAUGAGUAA